AUGGCGCGCCUCCGCGCGCGGCCGGCAAACGGGCCCCUGCCCUUGCGGUACGCCCAGCCAAUGAGGCCGCCAAUGGUCAGCACGCCGGCGACGAGGCCGAGCGAGAUGGGCAGCGCCGGCAUGAGGGCGCCGCUGCCGGAAGAGCCCGUGUUGGCCUCCUCGGCCGUGGGCAGGGGGGCCAGCGACGAGGUGGACGCGGGCGGCGGGAUGGCGAGCGGGAGGGUGGUCGUCGGUGCGGCGACGACGAGGGUCGUGGGCUGUGGGGGCGCGACGAUGAGCUCCUCUUCUGAGGAGGUCGACGCCGAGGGGCCUGCGCGGAUGGAGGAGAGCAGGGUCGUUGGCGGGCGGGUGAUGGCUGAAGGCAGGUCCGAGGGGAUGCCGGUUUCUGAAGUCGUCAGGGACGUGGGGAGAGGGAGCUCUGAGGAGGCUGUGAGGCCGGGGAUUGAAGAUCGACGGAUGUGGGCUGGGGUGAUAGCGUCGAGGAGCGGCGAUGUUCUUCUCGUCGGCACGGAGAAAGGGAGGAGGGUGGGCGUGGGCACGCAUGCCGACAGGAGGUCGUUGAAGAAAUCGGCCAUGAUGAAAAGCGGGAUGCGUGUGAAAGAUUUUGGGUAUAAUGCUGCCGUGUCUUGA